AUGUUAGUGCUUGCAUUAAGUGAUGCACAUAUACCAGACAGGGCAGUCGAUUUGCCAUCAAAGUUUAAGAAGUUGCUAAGUAUACCAGACAAGAUAUCGCAGGUGGCUGUGCUAGGAAACAGCAGCAAUUCAUCUGAAUUUCUCAAAUUUGUUACAGAUAUUACACCGAAUGUGCACAUAGUCCGUGGGGAGUUUGAUAGAGCUACGAUACCAGCAAUCCAUACAGAUAAAGUGCCAGUGGUGAAGACACCGGGUCAGGAAAGGACGAUAAAGUCUAACAGAGUUGAGCUGCCUAUGAAUGCCGUCAUAACUCAAGGUGAGUUCAGGAUAGGCUGUUGUAGUGGCUACACUGUGGUACCCAAGAAUGAUCCUGUAUCUCUGCUAACAUUAGCAAGACAACUUGAUGUUGAUAUACUUCUAUGGGGUGGUACUUAUAAUGUAGAGGCAUAUACUCUAGAGGGUAAAUUUUUUAUCAAUCCCGGAAGCUGUACCGGUGCAUUUAACACCGAUUGGCCUGUUUUUUCUGAUAUAUUGGGAAACACUGACGUUAAGAAAGAAGAAACAAAGACAGACGAUUCAAGCUCGAAAAGCAAAGACGCAAAGAACGGACCAGACCACCUGUAUGUGUCUGAUCUGGAUAUCAAUGGUGCAAAUGUGCCCAGCUUUUGCCUGCUAGAUAUACAAGGAAGCACAUGCACACUGUAUAUAUACCUAUACGUUGACGGCGAAGUUAAAGUAGAUAAAGUAAUUUUCGAGAAACAGAGGUGA